AUGAGCGGUGGGAACAGGAUGAUCGGUGGAAACAGGAUGAUCGGUGGAAACAGGAUGAUCGGUGGAAACAGGAUGAUCGGUGGAAACAGGAUGAUCAGUGGGAACAGGAUGAUCAUGUCUAAGGAUCUUAGGAUGGUGCUACUGGGAAAUGCUGGCAUUAUAAAAAGUGCAACAGGCAACGCAAUAUUAAGACAAGAAGCUUUCAGAGAGACUGAAACCACUGAGUGUGAGAUACAGAGAGGAAGAGUGGAGGACAGAAACAUCUCAGUCCUCGACACUCCAGCAAUCAACACCACAACUCUCAGUACAGACCGGCUGAAGACUGAACUAGAGAGGUGUAUCUCACUGUCUUCUCCUGGCCCUCAUGUGUUCCUGCUGGUGGUCAGAGUGAGAAGAUUCACAGAGGUUGAGAGGAACACUGUGAAGUGGAUUCAGGAGAACUUUGGAGAAGAAGCUCUGAAGUUCACCAUGGUGCUCUUCACUGGGAGAGAAGAAAUGGCAAACAGACAGUGGAUGAAAUUUUCCCAGGAUGCCAAGUUUCUUGAAUUGAUUACUAACUGUGGAGCUGGUUAUCAUGUGAUGAACAGUAAGAAAGAGGUGAAUCCUGCUCAGAUCACUAAGCUCCUGGAGAAGAUCGAGACCACGGUCCAACAGAACAGGGGUCAGUGUUACACCUAUGACAUGUACAAGGCUGUUCAGAGAAAGAGAGUCUUACAAGAAGAGGCACAAGAGAAAAAAGAGGAGGAAAGAAAGAAUGAAGAACAAACGUGCAACAAGAAGACAGGAAGACAGGAGGACAAAAUGAAGAGAGGAGAAGAUGAGAGGAGACCAAACAUGGAGGAGACAAAAAAAGAAGAGGACAUGAAACAGACAACAGCAGACAAAAUCCAUACGGUAAAAACAGCCACCACAAAAGUUGAUGGAGCUCAGAGCAAAGCAGAUCAUCCAGAAACUGGAGGAGGAACUGGAGAUGAUCCAGGUGAGUGA